UUGUUAAGUCACAUACAUGGAGAUAGAGAAUGGAGACCUUAUAAUGUUUAUUGAAUUGAACUAGCCAGAGCCUACUUAAUUGGUUAGCAAAUAAUAAAGAAGGGGGGACGGGGUGUUGGUUAGAUUCAAGAUUUAAUUUGAUUGCUUGUUCCUCCAAGCAAUAAUAAUGGGUUGUCGUUGGUUGAGAAAAGCCAAAGAGUUGUUGUUCAAUCAAGGUUUUCUAACACCAAGAGGUGUUUUCUACCUUAUCACCACCACACUCCUCAGCCUCCUCCUCCCUCUUUCGUUCCUUCUCUUGGCGACUCUCUCCGGCGCGCAAUUCUACCUUCAAAGCCUCAAUUGGUACAUUUUACACCAGCCUUUACCGUACAUCUUCAACCUUGCACUGCACGUCAACCCAUGUGUUCUGUACUUUCUUGUGUCCAUUGUCACCAUGGCUACUUUGAUCCAUGGCCUAAUGGGUAAGGCCGCCCUUUCGAGCGACUCGUGGAGUUCGUGGUCAUCUAGGACUAGUUUUCAUCUCUAUAUAGCAUGGAUUCUCCUUUGCGCUUUCCAAUUUUGCAUUGGAUUGGGCAUAGAGGGAAGCAUUGUGGCCGGAGUUUAUGACUCUGAGUCGAGCUUUGGCGCCGAGAGAAGCCUGAUAAGCAGGGUGAUUUUCCUCUUUGGAUUGCACGAGACUACCCAAGUUUGGUCUAGAUUUGUGGUAAGGCCGGUCGUGGAUACCACGGUUUAUGGGGUCGCCAGAAAAGAGAGGUGGAUUGAGAGGGUGGCCGCGGCCACUAGCCUCGGCCUCAUGUGGUGGUGGAGGUUGAGGGAUGAGGUGGAGACUUUGGUUGUUAUGGCUCAAGUUAAGAGAGAGCAAUUGUUGGAUGUGGGAUUGGCUGAUUUUGUUGGGUGGUGGUUGUAUUAUUUAACCGUGACAAUUGGUAUGGUAAGAGUUAUCAAAGGUGUUAUGUGGAUGUUCAUGAUUUCACUUUGCAGAAGAAGGCCUACACAAAUUUCCCAAGUGGAAUCAGGUGAUGAUAAUGAUGACAAGGUGUAAAUUUGACCAAUUCUGUAAUGUCUUUUCCAUUUUAUUUUUAAUUUUUUCUUUGGGUUAA